CUCAUAUACGCCAGUCCUGGUCUUCUCCUGUUAUAAUAGAGUCUCAUACGCCAGUCCUGGUCUUCUCCUGUUAUAAUAGAGUCUCAUAUACGCCAGUCCUGGUCUUCUCCUGUUAUAAUAGAGUCUCACACGUCAGUCCUGGUCUUCUCCUGUUAUAAUAGAGUCUCAUACGCCAGUCCUGGUCUUCUCCUGUUAUAAUAGAGUCUCAUACGCCAGUCCAGGUCUUCUCCUGUUAUUAUAGAGUCUCAUACGCCACUCCAGGUCUUCUCCUGUUAUAAUAGAGUCUCACACGUCAGUCCAGGUCUUCUCCUGUUAUAAUAGAGUCUCAUACGCCAGUCCUAGUCUUUUCCUGUUAUAAUAGAGUCUCACACGUCAGUCCUGGUCUACUCGUAUUAUUAUAGAGUCAAUAUUUGACUAUAUCACAUCACUGCUUUGCGUGUAAAAGGAUGUAUUUAAGUGUUGCUAUUGCAUCAGAGGUUGCUCUAUUAGUGCCGUGGAACAUUAUUAAACAGGAUGAUGAAGAGUUAUCAUUUCAAUCACUCUUUGCCAAAAUUCAGUCAGGGCUUGUGUCAACAAUUUCUUCCAAAGAUUUAGAGAAUUCUGUACUCCAGAGAGUAUACGUUGGUACAUCUAAGGAAAGUUUCAGUGUAGUUGAUGCAUCUCACAAUGUAAAUAGUGUGUGUGGAAUAUUUGGAUCUUUCGUUAAGUUUGUUGUAGCUGUUUCUCAGCAGUCAUUAGAUUUAGAAGUCUUGUCCAAACGACCAAGGCUAGUAUGUGAUGAUAUUCCGCUACCUACUUCAUUGCCAUCCCUAUUAAGAGAAACGUCAAGAAAGAACAGACUUUUUAAUAAGCUUGUUGAGUUUUGUGAAUCUAAGGCGAUUGGGUGGGCUGAUCCUGAUGUUUAUGGCAAGCCUUUUCUAUUGGAUUUGAGCAAUGUACUAUGGUAUCUGGAUGGGCAUCAUGAUGUGCUUGCUAGUCGUUCUUGCCCCAUCCCUAUACUAUUUAAGCCUUUUGUUGGUUUCAACAGGCCUGAGCUGAGCAAGCAUAGGAAACGAUCAAUUUCCAAUAUGAGCAGAGACAAACUCCUUGAGUACUCAUCUUUACUACAGGAACAUGUCAUGAGCAGCUGGAUGCAGCAGACGGAAUGGACAUUCUUUAGAAAUGAGUUGAUUGCCUUAGUUGAAUCUCUGGCAUCAUACGCUUCGUAUUUAUCCAUUAGAAACAAAGCAAUGAAGGAACAUCAUUCUUCCCCUGAGCCAUCUGUUUCAUUUUCAGAUUCGUCCACUGUUCGCCAUAUUAAGUCUUCGUCAAGUGUGUCUCCUUUGUUAUCAGAGUUAGAUGAUGCUAUUGCUUCAAAACCUGAGUAUUGCAAACUAUGUGUUCAUGACUUUAGUCCACAAGAUAAUAGACGUAGAUAUUUAUAUAUUCGAGAACUAGAGAAAGGACUUAGUCAUCCCAUAUUUUACUUUACAUAUACUCAUAAUUCCAAUGUUGGGAAUUACCACUUUAUAUGGAAAGCUCCGUUAUCUGCCUCUGAAAGCUCUACUGAAAAUAUGCGUGUCAUUGAAGAAAUUAAAAAGGAGAUACCUGUAUACCACACAAGAGCAAUGAGAAGGGAAUUUUACAACAUUUAUGGCAGGAUAUCUCCUGAGAGCAAGCCAUAUCUCCUUCGUAGCAUAUAUCAUGCUCUAACUAAUGACUUGUCUACUGCUCGUACAACACAUGAGAAAGAGAUUGACACUCGUGUUCAGGAAGCAUUAUUAGCUGAAGAUCCAGAUAUUGUGAUUGAUUUACGGCACUUUAAUUCUAAUGGUGAGGAUAACUUUCGUAUAUUUUGGUUGAAGUGUAAUGAGUUUUUAACAUCGUGCACCACUAUUCAUGAACGUCGUCAUGAUACUGCAUUAUGUUGA